AUGCGUAACUAUGUCCCUGGCACCACCCUGAUAAUUAACUAUGAUUAUUGGGUUAUAUUAUUCCCACUGGUACAUCGAAAAAUUGCGGAAACGGGUAUGCCGUACAAAACGCUAACAAGUUCGCAAAUAAGGGGAAUCGACGAUAGCGAGAGGUAUCAAAACGUCAUAAUGGUGGUGGUACAGACCGGUCUCCGGUUAAUAUUAGGAAAAAUAGUAUAUUUGGUUGAAUGUCAAUCGUAUGCUCUUGACCAUGCACCGGUACUGUGCAUGAAGAACGGAGAAGUCGAAAGUAUUUUCUGA